UUUACCUAAAUAUUACUAAAGUAAAGAUAAUUUCCAAAAAUGUGACCACAUUAACAUUAGGACAAAAAUGUGACUAAAAGAACAUAUUUAUGUCAUUGUCAAAUUUUAUUGGCACUGCCUAAUUAUAAUGUCACUAUCAAAUGUCACUACCGCCACCGUUGGUGUCACUGUCACCACCACUCGUGUCACUGUAGCCACCGUCUGUGUCACUGUAACCACUGUUCACUGUAACAAGGGUCGUGUCACUAUAGCAACCGGUCAGUGUCAUUGUAGCCAAUGCUGCUGCCGGCCAUCAGCGCAACAGACACCUUCGGCCACCGUCGGCGACCACCACCAUCGGCCACGGCCGGUGACCACCACCAUCGGCCACGGCCGGUGACCACCACCAUCGGCCACCGCCAGCUACCACCACCAGCGAACACCACCGCCAACACCACAUCCCCAGCCUCCUACGUCACCCCAGUCCACCCUCCAGACCCACCCUCCAGCCCCCACCGUCACCGGCAAUCUGCCACCACCCUCUCAGCGGCAACUCCACGAGCGACCGGCGCUACCACCCCAGCCGCCAGCUCUCCAGAACCACCAGCCAAGCCCCACCCCAGGGGCCAACCUCCGGAGCCCCUCUCCAGCACCCACCAGCCCAGCCCCUGAGACCAUACACCACCGCCCACCCUACCCAAAAAUCCUAGCCAUCAACCAAGGUGUAGCCGUCGUCUCCACCUCCAGUCGACGGUGCUCAGAUUCGCCGCUGCUGGGAGCGAUUUUCUUCCCCUGAUUUUAUAACCUUCUUUCAGAUUCGCCUCGAUCGAGAUCUGACCUUCAAAUCUGUUAGGGAUCCGGCCGAUUUAGAAGAAAGCAGAAGAAGAUAUGAGUGGAGGCGACGCGAUGGGAUGUGCGGCAGCAGAGCUCGAGGCGGUGGCUUCAUCCAUGGCAGCAGCAGAGCUCACAGGCGGAGGAGAUGGAGAAGGUUGAGAUGCGGAGGAGAUUGAAACUGCUCUGUGUGUCGCCUUCUCAACCCCGGGGUUCAUGCGUAGGAGGAAUGAAGAAAUGGAGGUUUAUUUGAGAAGAAGAAGUUGGAGGUUUAUCUGGAGAAGCCUUCAACCAACGCAAGGAAGCGCAGAGAAGAGCGCAAAGAGUGGAUGGUUACUCACUUUUUUGUCCAAAUUAAU